AUGACCAAAACAUUUAAUGAGAUUCCAGUUGAAUAUGGAAGUAUAGAUGAAAAAAGAGCUGAAUUUUCGUGCGAUUUAUUUGAUAUAGAAGAGAUGCAUAUGGUGGUAGAUGGAUUUGAAGAUCCAUUAGUAUUUAGAAGAAAUGAUGAGAUAUUACCAAAGCAGGUACAUUACAUUGUUCCUGAAGGUUCAAAAUAUAAACUAAUUAUAAAAUAUAAAGUUAAGAACAAAUCAUUACAGAAUUUACAGUUUGAGCAAAUAAUUAAAAAGCAUGGAAUUACUAUAAGAAAGAGAAUUGUACCAAUGCAAGAAAGUGCAGAAGUAAAUAUUAAUAAAGAUUAUUUACAUGUAGCAUUUAUACCACAAGAUACUGUACCUAGUGGUAUAUUAGUUCGUGGACAAUAUUUAGGUCAUUCAUAUAUAUAUGAAGAUGGUAAGAUUGUAUGGGAUCAACCAUUUAUAAUUGAAAUAGUUAAGAAAGGUAAUGCACCAUGUCUUGGAAGUUAUGAUUAA